GCUUUUUAAGCUUUGUUCGCGACUUCAUUUUCAUCGUCGACUGCUAGAAAACUUGGGAGAUAGGAAAAGAGACGCCUUUGUCCUCUUCCUCUCCUCUUCUCCGAUCGAUCUCCAUUUCUAAGGAUUCUUUUCUCUAGCUCCAGAUUCUCUCCUUUUUGAUCUCUGUCGCCGGUUCUGUGUUGAUCUAAGGCGGAAGGAAUGGCGGAGGUGAGGACGAGGCCGAAGACCAAGAUCGUGUGCACGCUGGGGCCGGCGUCGAGGUCGGUGCCGAUGAUCGAGAAGCUUUUGAGGGCGGGGAUGAACGUCGCCCGGUUCAACUUCUCGCAUGGAUCCCACGCCUACCACCAGGAAACCCUAGAUAACCUCCGGACAGCGAUGGACAACACGGGGAUCCUCUGCGCCGUCAUGCUCGACACCAAGGGUCCAGAGAUCCGAACUGGAUUUCUGAAAGAUGGAAAGCCCAUUCGCCUUCAAAAGGGUCAGGAGAUCACUAUCUCCACAGAUUACAGCAUAAAGGGCGACGAGAACAUGAUAUCCAUGAGCUACAAGAAGUUAGCGGAGGAUUUGAAGCCAGGUAGUGUCAUACUCUGCUCUGAUGGGACAAUCACGCUUACAGUGCUUUCUUGUGAUAAGGAAGCAGGCUUGGUUUGCUGCCGCUGCGAGAAUUCAGCUGCUCUUGGUGAAAGGAAAAAUGUCAAUCUUCCAGGAGUCAUUGUGGAUCUUCCUACACUAACGGAGAAGGAUAAGGAAGACAUCCUAAAGUGGGGAGUCCCUAACAAGAUUGACAUGAUUGCUUUGUCCUUUGUGCGCAAAGGUUCUGACCUUGUGGAGGUCCGAAAGCUGCUCGGAGAUCAUGCAAAGACAAUUGUGCUGAUGUCGAAGGUUGAGAAUCAAGAAGGGGUGGCAAACUUUGAUGACAUACUUGCAAAUACAGAUGCUUUCAUGGUGGCACGAGGAGAUUUGGGGAUGGAAAUUCCAAUUGAGAAGAUCUUCUAUGCUCAAAAGGUGAUGAUUUUCAAGUGCAACAUGAAAGGGAAGCCUGUUGUGACAGCAACCCAGAUGUUGGAAUCCAUGAUCAAAUCUCCUCGCCCAACCCGAGCUGAAGCUACCGAUGUGGCUAAUGCAGUUCUGGACGGCACCGACUGUGUGAUGCUCAGUGGAGAGACAGCUGCUGGGGCUUACCCAGAGCUAGCAGUUCAGACUAUGGCCAAGAUUUGCUUGGAAGCAGAAUCAUACUUGGAUCAUGAAGCUGUUUUCAAAGGCAUUAUGGCGAGAGCACCAGUACCAAUGAGCCCAUUAGAGAGCCUUGCAUCCUCCGCUGUCCGAACAGCGAACUCUGCUAAAGCAACGCUAAUCCUGGUCCUGACCAGGGGAGGAAGCACCGCGAAGCUGGUUGCCAAGUACAGGCCUGCGAUGCCGAUAUUAUCAGUUGUGGUUCCUGAGUUGAAGACUGAUUCUUUUGAUUGGUCCUGCAGCAACGAGGCUCCUGCAAGGCACAGCUUGAUCUUUAGAGGAUUGAUUCCGGUCUUGAGUGCUGCAACUGCAAAGGCCUCUGACACAGAGUCCACUGACGAAGCACUGGAAUUUGCCAUUCAGCAUGCUAAGGUCAAGGGUCUCUGCAAGGCAGGAGAUUCUGUUGUGGCAUUGCAUCGGAUUGGAAUUGCAUCUGUGAUUAAGAUCUUGACUGUAAAUUAGGUGAGAACAAGCUUUUCUAGGGGCAGUUUUGCUGGAGGGUCUACGUGCCCCUAUUUUGAUUGUGCUGUUAUGCUAUGGAAAUACAGAUGUUGUGCUGCGAGGGCUGCGAGGGACGUGGAAAAACUGCAAAUUGGUUGCUUUAGCUAGGAGAUACAGAUUUUCUCCCCGAAGGUGAUAUGAACUUUUUGAUAAUUUUGAUUUAUGUAAGGUUUUAUUGCGAGAAUGUUCUCGCAGAUUUUGGUUGCUUUGAUAUUUAAAGUUUAUAUAUUUCAUGACAAUUAUUGAGUGUGUUAAUCUUCUUCGUUUAAAUCAUCAUUUAAAUUUUUGAGAAUAUCCCCUA